GUACUGUCACCAUGAUUCCCGAUCUCGUCAGAAAAGACGGGCAGUCGCUUCAGAAGUUUUUCGAAGAUAACGAAACACUUGCGAUGCUUGAAGAUGUACGCAAGUGGCUCGCCUCUAGUGAAGUCUUCAGCAAGUAUCUCUCAUCCGAAGUAGUUUCAACAAAGUCUCUAGCUGGGCUCAUAAUUCAAAUGCUCAACUGUUAUGAGACAUCUUUCGGUCGAAAUGUUAGCAAACCUGUGAUGACGAGACUUCCGGUGAAGCUUUUCUUGGACUUCAGACCAGGCGGAGCUCUGUGCUUGAUUCUGGGAACUAUGUACAGAGUAAAGAGUGAACGAAAUUGGCGCCGAUUCGAUUUCACGUCGCCGAAUAGACUGGACAGUGUUGCUGAAGCUCUUAUGGCCAUCGAGGAAUGCUUGGUUCAAGCCAAAUUGUUUUCAGUGCCUAUAGUGUUCAUAAGACCUGACGUGGAUCCAAAACUUUCGGUGAAGUUGGUUGAAAUACUGAAGCGACAUAAAGGAAAUGUGACGAGUAAUUUUGAAGAGGCAACACAUGUAAUUUACCCCCCUGGGCCACCUCCACCCACGGACGAAGAUUUUGUGCGACCUAUUUACAAUAACGGUACUAACUGUCUGGUGCAUCUUUGGUUUUACCCGGACAGUUGUGUCUGCUUUUUACCGUCUCAUUAUGUGCCGACGAUAGAAUCCAAAAUUGACAUUCAUGAUCUUCAAAUGCCAGCUGAAAAAUAUGAAGUAAAUGCUCGAUGGGUUUUGGACUUGGAUGAUUUCAAUGAAUGGAUGUGUGAGGACGAUUAUGCGCUGAAUACAGCCGAGGGGAAGAAAUUCAUGACGUCACCCGUGUAUCGCAACACGAUCACUCCUUGCAUCCCCGUGAGUUCAAUCAACGAACGGGUCUCUGGAAAACGGAAGAAGUCUCCGUCUCCAGUGGCGAAUAACUCUGACAAGAAGAAACGGAAAACUGCUCCGAAAAAACGCCGGGCUGAUGAAGACGAAAGCAGCAGUGAUAUCAACUUUGAUCAGAAUUCGAUGACUUCGCCUAAUAAAGUAGCGCCAGAUUCGUCCUCAAGUGAUAUCCCGACUUUCACUCCAGAUGAUGCACCCAAAGAAGAAGCUCCUGUCUCGACAAAGCCAGUUGAAUCAGAGGCAAGCACAUCUUUUGUAACUGCAGCAUCCACAUCUCAACAGUCGAAGGAAACGAGUAGCGUUAAAGAAGCUCCACAGAAAGAGGCAUCAACCAAUUGUGCCGCGGAGAAAGCUAACCAAAGCAGCAUUGACUUCACGAAGAAUCAAGUGACCGUUUUGGAAACUGCGAAUGCAGCUUUGAAAGAUAGCAGCUCGAAACAUAAAACGGCCACGGAACAAACUCAUCAUAUUAUAAUGCCAUCAUAUGCUGCUUGGUUUGACUAUAAUGCGAUACAUGCUAUUGAAAAGAGAGCGCUACCGGAGUUUUUCAAUGAGAAGAAUAAAUCCAAGACUCCCGAAAUAUAUCUGUCGUACAGAAAUUUCAUGAUCGAUUCCUACCGGAUCAAUCCACAGGAAUAUUUAUCGACCACGGCAUUGCGGCGAAAUCUUACCGGCGAUGUGUGUGCGUUGAUGCGUAUCCAGUCUUUCCUGGAACAGUGGGGCUUAAUAAACUUCCAAAUUGACUUGAUCGACAGACCCAAACCGAUGGGACCACCUGCGACUUCCCAUUUCCACGUCUUAGGUGACACACCUUCGGGACUGAAACCAAUUCAACCGGUCCGUCCAUCAAAGAUUGUUGAACCCAAGAAAGAAGUUAUAAGCGAGGCAAAAGAUUCGGCAAAAACAACAGAAGGAGCAUCUUCAGUUGUUGAUGCAUCGUCGAUAGCUGCUGGUGCUGGGACAGUUUUGGCCAAAAACUUAGGCCUUAGGACCGACAAGUACACAAAAGUGAAGGAUAAGCAAUGGUCGGAUAAAGAGCUGCUGUCUCUCCUGGAAGCAGUGGAGUUGUUCAAAGAUGACUGGAAUCGGGUGGCUGAGCAUGUUGGAACCAGGACGCAACAUCAGUGUAUUAUGCAGUUUCUUCAACUGCCCAUUGAGGAUCCAUAUGUGGAUCCGUCGAAGCUAAAUGGACUGGAAGAAAUUUUACCCGUUCCGUAUAGCCAACAAGGAAACCCUUUGAUGACUACAGUUGCGUUUUUAUCAUCCGUCGUGGAUCCGAGAAUAGCUAAGAUGGCAACUGAGUCGGCUCUGGAAAAGUUUGAGGAGAUAAAUGAGGAAUUACCGAAAGCAUUUGUAGAGGAAAAGAUCAAAGAAGCUGAAAAACAAGGAGUGACCGAGGUAAAGGGAAUUGUGAAGUUGAGUGACAUUGCAGGAUGUGACGAGGAAGAAAUUGUGGCUGAUAAUGAUGAGGACGGCAAAGAAGAAUCGGAAGACGCCAAGAAAGACAAGAAAAGUGAUAAAAAAGAUGAAAAGAUUGCGGAAACCGAAUCAGAAGAAGGAAAAACUGAAGAAGCUAUGGAAACUGAUGUUGGAGGAGCGACUUCGUCCGAGACUUCUGCCGACUCUGAUGCUACGAUCGAAGCAAUGGGAUGUGUCGCUGGUGCUCCACAAGAUGAUGUUUCAGAAGCAAGCAAACCAGAAAGUAAAGUUGCCCAAAAGAGCGAAGAGUCCACCGAAGGUAAAUUGAGUGAAGAGAAGAUGGACGAAGAUUCUGAGGUUACAGUGAAGAAAGAGUACGACCCUGAAGAAGCAAAGAAGAGUCUAACAGUCGCAGCGUCAACUGCAUUGGCUGCCUCAGCUGUAAAAGCCAAGCAUUUGCAAGGUCUAGAAGAGCGUAGAAUUAAAAGUCUAGUGGCUAUUGUGAUUGAAACGCAGAUGAAGAAACUUGAUAUGAAGAUGAAGUAUUUCGAAGAGCUCGAAAGCAUGAUCGAGAAAGAACGCGAUACGCUUGAAUGUCAGAAGACUGAGCUAAUGAAAGAGCGCCAACAGUUUUACAUGGAGCAGAUUAAAACUACAGAAGAGAAACUUAAAGGUGUCGGCAUGGCAGAUAUGGCGCUUGAAGCACUGACUGCCAAGAAAACUUCUACAUCCAGCAGCGAAUUAGUAAUACCUGCCAGUGUAGUAACUGAGAAGCCCUCACAUUCUCAGGUGGCUUCAACUGGCUUUCAAAAUAGCCCUACUGCGCCUCCUGUAUCCCAACAUUAUGGUCAACCUGGACCUUCUCAGCCAUCGGGUUUUGUCGCGCCAACGCAACCCACUACUAGACCGCAAGGUCCAAUGAGGGGCUCUCCGGGUCCUGCUAGUCACCCUUCAUACGCAGCACAUCCUAUCUCAAGGCAAAUGCAAACAGCGCCUGGGACUGCUCAAUUGCCACCGGCUGGAUCUGGACAUCCUUAUCAUCCAGCUGGGCCUCAUGGUCAGAUGCAUCUCAGACCAGCUAUGGGAGCAUACGGUUCUACGUACGCUCCAGCCCCUGGAUCGCCGGCUUCUGCUAGCAUGCAGUCUGCUCGUCCAGAAGCUCAACAGCCUCCUGUGCAACCUCGGCCAAAUUCGAGAACUCCUCAAGCUCCGCCGCAAUCUGAAACUUCUGCCCCUGCUUCUGUUGGUGUAUCUAUGGCUCACAAUCAGCAUCAGCCUUCCUAUGCAACUUCUUCGCCGUCUUCUUCAGUUUCAUCUGCUAGUGGAUCCUCGGUGUCCGGUUCAUCGGCAGCCAGCGUGCAAGACUCAGUAAAAUCUGGAGUGUUUCCAAUCAAACAAGUUGCGAACCCUUCUGCAGCUGUCUAUCCUCCUGCUGCUCAAAAUCCCGCUUCGGUCGGAGUUCCGUAUCAGCAUCCAAAAUAUCCCUCUAAUCAGCCUGGAUCAAUGGUUCCAUCUAGCCAAUUGGCUGCAAGGGCUUCUAGCGGCUCAAACGUGUCGCAGUCAUCUAUUGCUUCCAGUGCAAGUUCUCAACCGCAUGCUGCGACAUAUGCCGGUACUGUUCCAACUCCACAACCUGCAGGUCAUGGAGCUCCUAGUGGACCACCGCCUUCCUCUGCUCCGCAAUCGCAAACUGGACCAUCUACCAUGCAUUAUGGAAAUGAAAGACCAGGAUAUCCCGGUCAUCCCUCGAGUAUGAUGAACCCUUCUGGACCCUAUGCAAAUUCUGGGACAUCGCAUCACGGAUACACAGGAAACGCGCCUCCGUCAGCUCAUCAAAUGCCAAUGUAUCCUCAACAAUCUGCCUCUCAAAUGCCUCACAGAGGAUACCAAGCCCCAUCAAUGCAGCAAAGUGGGCAUCCAGAGAACCCAAAUUAUCCUCCUCAACAUCAGAUGCAGCAUCAAGGCUACCACGCAUACCCAGGGCACUAUCCCCAUCCUCAAAUGGGUCCGCCACCAACAUCGCAUGCUCAAUAUCCUCCUCCCCAUAUGAUGGCCACUCAUUCAACGGGAGGGCAGCCGGCUCCGCUGCCAAAUUCUGCGACAGCAAUGAGUCAAUCUGGCGAGGUUGCAGCGCCCCCAAUGGAGAGUGGGCAGAUAGCCGAUGCCGAAUCAGGAGACAGUGAACGAAGCAUGGACCAGGAGUGAUCAUUCGGCAAAUUACGGUUUUGACUUCAAAAAAAGUUGAUGAUAUCAAUUUUUUUUUGUACACGAGUUCUAUGAAAAUCAGUUGAACUUGUUGAAUACUUCGUACGAGUUUAAAUGCUUGAAAGAAACUCCUUUUUGAUUUAUUCGUUUAUUUCUGUUGCUUUUUUGCGUUUAAAUUUUUACUCUUUUUAAUUUAUUUAUUGUCUGUCGUUAUGAAAGUGUUUAUAUAUGUAAUCUAGUUGUGCAAUACAUGUUAUGUACGUUCG